UGACCAAAUAAAAACAAUUAAAUGCACAAGCGCUCUCGCUCCGUCUCUAAUCGGUGUUUCCGGGCCAGUCUUUGUUUUUUUGUUACAGUAGCAAUUUAGUAAUCAGUAUGAUCAGUUGGUGUAGUUCGUCUAAUUUGUCUAAUUCUAAUCAUGAGUAGUCGCGUUGGUCGGCAUAGAACGAAGAAAUUGAUUUGCAGUUGUAAUUGAACGGAAAACAGUUUUGUAUCUCCCUCCAAGUGCAACUGUUCAAGGAACUAUAUGGAAAAUGGGCUUAUAUGACAUUACUGUAUAUACCAUUUAAUCGUUUAACAGCCGGGCUUAUAACACAAGACGUCAUUCAGUGGGACAAAAUGUCGAGAAGGUUAGGAUGAAUGUGAAGAUUGCACCAGGUGCUAUGGUUUGUAAUGAAUGUGAACUACGUGGUGACAUUACCAUUGGGAGCAUGACAGUGAUCCACCCAAGAGCCUCAAUCAUUGCUGAAGCCGGUCCCAUAAUCAUAGGGGAUUGUAAUAUAAUUGAGGAGCAAGCACGCAUAAUCAACAGGGGGCCUCCAGGAGAUGCAGCUCCUACAUCUACACCAGUGAUGAUCAUUGGAGCUAAUAAUGUGUUUGAAGUUGAUUGCACCUCUGAAGCCCAGAAGAUCGGAGAUAACAAUGUCCUGGAAUCAAAAUCCUUUGUUGGACGACAAGUGGAGCUGACAAAUGGGUGUAUUGUGGGUGCAGCAUGCCAGUUGACGUAUCCAGAAAUUGUUCCUCAGAAUACUGUAAUAUUUGGCAGCAAAUGUUCACGCCGUCAGCAAGCUGAUAGGCCACCACCCCAAACAUUGCAGUUGGACUUCCUAACCAAAGUUUUGCCAAACUACCAUCAUCUGAAGAAGGCACUUAAAAAAGCUAGCAAUGCAUAAAUGUUGUGCUCUAAUGCAAAGUUACCUCACAGUGGAUACUUACCCAUCACCUUUAAACAUACCAUUUCCUAAUUUGUUCAGUAUUCAGACAACUAGAAUGUGUUUGUUACAGUGAGUCAGUGUAUAUUGUAUGCUCUUAUUCAAUCUGAAAUGCCAUUGAAUUAUAUAACAAGUAUAAUGUCUAACAAGAGAAAUUACACAUUAAAAUAGUUAACCUAAUACAAACUUAACACUA